UUUUCAUGAAUCAGAAACAAAAAAAUGAAUGGAAUUCAUUCAUAAAGUCAUCGAACAAUAUGAACUGUCUAGCUGGAUAGUACAGGUAUUUUAAUUAAAAGUAGGUCACUAAUUCCUAAUAGGAAGUCCUGCACUAUUUGCCACUAAUACACAUUGUGAUGCACUAAUAAUCUUGCAAAACUGUGUCACUUCCUUUUACUGUAAUGGGAGGAAGAAGAAUACCUGUAAAAAGUCCCACUAGUCUCCUAUAAGAGCACCUGUGAUCAGCAUGUAGAGGUGAACAUCACUGCAAGAAGAAAAAGCUCAUCCGACCUCAACAGGCUAAAUUGUCAAAAGCAUCAUGAAGACCUCCAUCAUCACAAAUAGUUUGCUCGUCUGCAUGCUGCUGUGCUGUCUAUGGGGGACGGCUCAGGCGAGGAAGCUUCAUCUGGGCAGCUGUGUUGCCAACAUUCAUACUCAUGAGCUCAGGCAUCAUUUGCAGCACAUCCGUGAGGGCAUGGUUUCGGGAGAUGAUCACAAAACCAUCAGAUUACUCAGAAAAGAUGUGAUGAAUAACUUACAGGUCACAGAAAGAUGUUGUUUCCUCAAGCAGCUUCUUCACUUUUACAUGGAUAAGGUCUUUAUUAACUACACAAGUGGCCAUUCCCUGCACCGCAGAACAACUAGCGUCCUAGCCAACUCUUUCCUUGGAAUCUCCAAGGACCUGAAAGCAUGUCAUGCCAAUGCACACUGCGAAUGCACUGAAGAAACCAGAUUAAAACUUCACAGCAUUCAAAACUUGUAUGACAAGCUUGACCACAAAGCAGCAGCAGUGAAGGCAAUUGGAGAACUGGAUUCACUCUUCGAAUGGCUAGAAAGUUUCCAACACCAUUAAUACCAUCAAGGCCAAACUAAAUAGGCUAGAUAAUGUUUUAUAUUUGUUAUUAUUAGACUAAGCUGUGUUAAUUUAUAGAUUAAAUUUUCUGUACUACUAAAGUAGAUAAAGUAACUCUAUAGAGUGCCAUACUGUAAAAAACUCAUACUGAGUUGUAAACUUAUAUUUAUGUCUGCUGUAUGUUUUCACAAUCGUAUGUAUAUGUAUAACUGAAAGAUAUAGAAUAAUUUAUAAAAAUAAAAACCAUGUCAAACUACAUGCAUUGUGUGUUCUGUUGUAGAUUCACUGAAACAUAUUAUAGGAAACUGAUGAUAAACCGAUGCAUCAUUUGAGA